CCCCAAAAUGGAGGACCCCGGCAAGCUUACUUCCCCAAAGCAACGAGGACAGAUAAAAGAGCAAGCAUUUGCAAAGAGAGUGCAAGAAUUGGUUGCUGUGGAGGCCAAACUACGGAUUCCUGUUGCGCAAGGUUUGCCACUGACAACCGAUAAACCUCAGAACUUACCAAAACCGCCAGUAAAGGAGCAGACAAAACCAUUGAAUUUUAAGCUACACACCGAGCAAAGAGCGGCCAGGCGUGCUGGAUUCAAUCACCUAGUCUCCAGCAAAAAUUAUUCCUUGGAGAUCCUUCGGAGAUUCGAAGAGAAGCUCCUAAAGGUUAUAGAGGAAGAGGAGAUAAGGCUUAUGAGAAAGGAGAUGGUUCCAAAAGCGCAACUGAUGCCGAUAUUCGACAGACCAUUCCUUCCACAACGGUCAACAAGACCUUUAACAGUUCCAAGAGAGCCAGGUCUUCAUUUUUUGAAGCAAAAACGUUGCGGCAGUGGCGAGCCAUACAAAAUUCAUCAUUAUGUUAACCAAAAUAUGAAGGCUGUCAAAUAAUCAGUAGAAAAGCUACCAUGAAGCUAGGCUUUUGUGUUAUGCUUAAAAUUUUUGUGCAUGAGUUUUGCGAUAGUUUUAUUAUUUCAUGGUGGAGUGAUGAGAGAAUGGUCCACCACUUUAGGCCAAAUCUUCUGUGACCCUUUUGUGUUUAAAGUUAUCAUCAAAGCUCUAAUAAGGUUUUUUUUGAGUGCCAUGGUGUUUUUUUUUUUGUAAAUUUAAGGAGCUGGUGAGAUGUACUUUUCUCUUUUCUUGGAAUAAUAAAUGUAAUUAUUAAGAAAAAAAUCAUUAUAGAUCAUGCCGAGAGUUCAAGUA